GGGCGGCGGGCAGCGGCCCUCGAGGAAGACGGAUGGGGUGAGAGACAGCGCGAGGUCCAGCUGUCAGCGCGGCCUCAGCCCCGCCGCGGAGGGAGCCCCUCCUCCCCGCGGCUGUGCGCUCCUUGCCCGCGGGGAACCAUGGCGUCCAGCGAGGAGGACGGAAGCGGCAACGGCUCUGUGGAGGAGAAGGAGAACGGCAAGAAGAGGAGCCUGGGCGCCCUGGCCACGGCCUGGCUCAUCUUCUACAACAUCGCCAUGACCGCGGGGUGGUUGGUACUGGGUAUUGCCAUGGCACGAUUUUAUAUCCAGAGAGGAACACACAGAGGUUUAUUCAGAAGCGUGCAAAAGAUACUUAAAUUUUUCCAGACAUUUGCUUUGCUUGAGGUAGUCCACUGUGCAGUUGGAAUAGUUCACACAUCUGUGCUUGUGACUGGGGUCCAAGUGAGUUCAAGAAUCUUCAUGGUGUGGUUCAUUGCGCAUAGUAUAAAACAGAUCCAGAAUGAGGAGAGCGUUAUUCUUUUUCUGGUCGUAUGGACUGUGACAGAGAUUACUCGAUAUUCCUUCUACACAUUCAACCUGCUCAACCAUUUGCCAUACUUCAUUAAAUGGGCCAGAUACAACUUUUUUAUCAUUUUGUAUCCUGCUGGAGUUGCAGGUGAACUGCUGACUAUAUAUGCUGCUUUACCUUACGUCAAGAAAACAGGGAUGUAUUCAUUGAGACUUCCCAACAAAUACAAUGUCUCCUUUGACUACUAUUACUUCCUUAUUAUUGUCAUGUUCUCCUAUAUACCAUUAUUUCCACAACUCUACUUACACAUGCUGCGGCAGAGAAGAAAGGUGCUUCAUGGAGAAGUGAUUGUAGAAAAGGACGAUUGAAUCGAGCCAUGUAAUUAUGGUGCUUUUAUUGGAAAAACAAGGGUAAAAAAACCAAACUUCCUGUGAUUUUUCUGAGUCCAAGUUUUGAAACAUGGAACAAGAAUAAACAACUGUGUAUAAAAUAACACGGACUGUAUUAUUUAUACCAUUAAUAUAUCACCAGAUUACCUUUUCAUUUCUGGUUUCACUUUGAUUUUUAAUUGUUUAUUUCUUCAAACAUAUUGUUUUCUUAUUUUCAAUAGGCUGACAAAUAGCUUUAACAAAUUGAAUAGUUGGCUAAUGUGCUUUCUAAUGUGAAAGGCUUGUUAUGACCUGUAGUCCUCAUCAAGAACAGAAGGAGAGUUGAUGAGCUGUAUUGAAAGUGUGUCUUCUGGAAAACAGAGCAUAAAUUAGGUAAUGAUGUGUUUCAUAGACUAGGGGGCUUAAAUGUUAUUUAAGUUGUACUUUAAAUUAUACCUUUACAAUUAUAAGUACUGUUAGUGUGUUGUUCAACAUCCUUUGAAUUACAAGAUCACACUGUAGAAUUCCAGAAGGAUUUUUGAAAGGAGCUGAAUCCUUGACUGUCAGUGCAAGUUUGGAUCUCUCUGUAUUUUCAUUUCUAAUUGAAAAGAAAUGUCAAAUUAUAGAUACAAUAUUAUCUGGUUGAAAGUUUAUGCUGAGGAGUGACCAUGACCAGUCUUUCCGUGCUCAUUGGCUGGAACAGGAAUCAUAUGCAGAGGAAGACUGAUUGUCAGCAUGCUUCGUAUUCUACUUUUAAUAAUGUAUGCAGAAAAAUGAUGGUAUGGCAUUUAGAAACUGCAGCUAUAGUAAGAUAUUUUUACUUCCCAUAAUUAGCUAAGAGGCAUAAAACAUAUUUGAAAUAGUACCUUAAAAUAUAAAUUGUGCUUUGAAUCAUCUGAUUGUGCAAUUUUAAUUGCUUUUUCCCCAUUAAUUGUUUAUAAUGGAAUUAUGUAAUGCUAAUUAACAUCCUAGGUAAUAUGCAGGAGGGAUCAACAGCAUAUUAAUAAACGUUACAGAUGACACUGUAUGAUACCUGAGUGAGAGAAGUCCAACAUGUGGAUUAAAUAUAGACAGGAGUUGGACACUACAUAAGAGAACCAAAGCAAAUGUGUUUGGGGAAGCUUGGAUACUUAAUGAGAGAGAGAGAAGAUUGAAAAGUAAUUAUGUAAUAAGAAGACUUAAUAGAACAGACAACAAUAUUGCUUCCAGAUUCAGUGAUGUCAAAAGAAGAGUGUGUUACAUGCAAAAAGAUCUGUCAGGCAGCUGGAAAUCAGAAUGCUCCUGUGACUGCUGAGGUCAUUUCUAGAGUACUGCUCUAUAUUUUGGGUAGCUUGGGAGUGAGGAGUAGAGUCAAUCUUCAAAAAAAAAAGAUCAGAGAAUAGUAAAAAAAUUAGUUGAAAUAUGAAGGAAGUCAGAAAUGUUGAGUCAUUAAGCAUGUUUUACUUAGUGUUAUUUGACAAAUACAAGUAAAAGCAAGAGACUUUGUUAGUACGAAGGUGUAAGUAGAACUGAUUAUCCGGUGAAUAUCAGGAGAAAGAUCCUACCAGAGAAAUCAGUUAGGUUACAGGAUGUUGCAGUAAAGCUUAUCCAUGCAUACAGUGUCUUCGAAGAUUUUAAGUUAGAUGUAAUCCAGUACUGGAAAAUAAUGUUUCUUUGGAAGAAGUUUGGACUACAUACUUAAAUAGGCGCUUUCCAUUUUUAGCUUCAGUGGUUCUACAAUAGUACAACUUAUUUAGAAAACUGGAGAUACACAUUUUUUCCGAUGCAUCAGGUAAUUUGAUGAAAAAGGAAGGAUUUAUUAUAUCCCAAAGUCUCAAAUUCCAUUUUGUGCGUUAAAUUUUUCACACUUACAUGUCUUCUUUACAUGGAAAUUAGAUUUCUUUUCAAUGCUAGUGUGGACUUGAGAUGCAAUAAUUGUAUUCCUUAGAAUUUUAAAAGGCAUAAUCUUUAUACUUUUAGAACAAAGGUGCUAUAAGUUAACUUACUACUUCUCAGUUUUAUAUGCAACUAAGUAUUUAAAGUUUAAAAUAGAAACCACAUUUACAAUACUGAUGAGCAAAAUACUUGUGUUACACGUUCAGACUAGCAGUUGUAUUUGUCCUAAGUUCUUAGAAUACAGUUUUAUAAACUUUACUUGUGUUUUGAUCCCUGAGGAGCAAACAUUGUGGCAGUUUUUAGAAAUAUUUCUCAGUUAGCAAGCAGAAGAGUGUGAUGAAGUACGAGUAAAUGCAUUUAGAUUAGGUUAUGUGUCUCUUUUUACAACUGUCAGGGCAGCUCACCAAAGACCAUAGCUAUCAACUUCUUGAAAAUGCAUUGGAUACUUUCAGUAUGUGAUUUUGGAAUCUUUUAUUGGAUGAGAUACUCUUUCUGUAAUAACAGGGAUACCUGAGCUAUAUUACGUUUGUUUUCAUUGUGGCUUAAGGCUCUUCUCAUAUGGCAAUCUGGGAUCUAUUUUUAUAUCCUUUUGUAUAUGAAAAAAUACAGCACUGUUUGCUAAAAUUUUCUUCAUAAAGCAACAGCAUAAUGAUAGACCUUAAAAAAUAAUUUACAUCUACAGCAAGUCUUGCUAAAUGAUUCUUCAAUAAAGCUAAAAAUUCCUUUUGUUGCAUUCAGUGUUGCACAGACCAGAGAGAUUGUCAUGUAGAUUAGUUUACUUGUCAUGGACUUCAAAAUAAUAAUAAAAAAUCAUCUUCUUUUCAUCCUCUUCUCUUUUGAUUGAAGUCUGCAUUGAAGCCUCAGUGUAUACCUUUUGCUUAAUAUGUCCUCCAGCGUAGUGAGAAUUCCGAGUACAGUCCUCUUAACAUUGACUUACACGGGCCAGGAUGUUACCCUGUGUAGCUUACUUAAACUUCAGUGUAACACCAUGAAACGUUUAAUUAGCUUGUUCAAUGGACAUAAAAAUUUAAGUAUGAUUUCCAUAUGGUGCUCUCUUUCCAGCUUAUCUUUGCCACCUACUUUUUUUGUAUUCCUCUCUGCAAUAUUCCUAGUUUUCUAAAGCAUUGAAAUCCUCCUGUUUAUCAAAGAUUUGUGUGUAUUCGAGCUUCGGUGUCUAUAAUGUUUUGAUGUAUUCUUUAACAGAUUGUUUGUGUAAAGGUAUUUUCUUACUUGUGCUAUAUACACCUCCUGGAAUGGAUUAAUACAAAGUAUGUCCUUAAGGGUGGUUUUUUGUUUGUUUGUUUUUUUCAUGACAAUACGUAGGAAUAGGGCUUUGGAAGCAGAUUCAUAAUUAUCAAGUGGCAUUUCUUAUUAUUGGUGGUACUAUAAACACAUGAUCCUUUUUAUAAACUCCAGCUGAAAACUUGGAUAUCUUGAGGUUCCCCUCCACAUACGCUGGGAAAGGCUGUUCCAGGACAGAGUGAGUGAAUCAUCUCAUUUCACAGCUCCACCCUGCAUGUCUGGAAGCCAAAUCCUGACAUCAGGAUAUGACUGGUACAAAGGCGUAUAAUGUUGGGAAAUUGCAUCCUGCACAUUAGCUGCCAGGAGGAUCAUUGAGGCUGUUGUGAACAGUGGUUGAUAUGCGUCAUUUCUCUCACUUCUGUCUAUGCAGGAUUUAAGAAGAGAGGCAGCUAAACAUGCUGUCAUGCCUUCUGCAUAAGGAACUAAUGAGAUUAACUUAGAGGAUCUCUGUGCGCAAAGGGUGUGUUACAGAAAGGUUUUGUGCUUCACUCAGCUCUUUAUAUCUGCACCUAUAACCACGUAUUUUUUGAAUUAGUGGUCUUCCAGUACAGCUAUAUCACACUGCUGUCAACAACAUGGCUCAGAAUAAACAAUCUUGGAGAAAUUGUGCAGUAUGCUUCUUCUCAUACCACUCAUAACACUCAGCCAGGUUCAUGAUAACGGACAGAGUGCCUAGUUAACAAGGAAUUAAAUGGAGACCUUUUCUGUGAGCAGAAGGAACCUACCUUUUCAUAUCCAGAAAUAAAUAUAUGCAUUUUAAAUCGUCUGGCUACUGAUCUGACUGUGGUACUUUGCACUCUUCAUACCGGCUUACCUCAGUGGAUAUUUGGAUCUUUCAUUGAUUAUUAAAUAGAUUAGAAUGAAAAUAAAUUAGAACCAUUACGAUAAAUUGUGAUUUAAAGUAGCUGCUGUAUGAGCAGUUUUUGUAAAUCAAGCCUUUGCUUAAUCUGUCAUAGAGAAAAAAAGGAGGAAAAUUAAUUAAUACGAAUAUACAAAUAAGUAUUCUGCACAAGACAGGGGGGCUUCAUCAAUCAGAAUUUCUAUGCAGGCAAACUGUCUGCGGUUCCUCAUAAAUGGUUGGUUAAAUGUGUUUUUGAAUCAAAAGAUGGAAAGCUUUUCUGAAAAAUAGAUUUUAUUUCAAGAUGCAUGCUUUAAAAUGUGUUCGGAGAUAAUGUAUUACUUAUGAGCAGUUUACAAUUCACAGUGAACAUACAUUUUUACAGAUGAUUAACUGUAGCCCAUUACAAUGUUUUAAUCUAUGCUGCAAUGACUACUUUAGAAACAAACACCUUCCGUUUCUGCAAAGCUCUUGUGUUCCCUUGCUCAAGUUAACUUCAGUACUAUCUGUGCCUACUAAGCUUUGCAGGGCCAUUGAGCUGGCAGGUUAGCAUCUGCCAAGAACAGUUCCUUAAACUUGCUUUCACAAUAGCACACCUUAAUAGUGUAUGGUACUUUUGGUUCAGUGUCUGGAAUUGUAAGCCACUGGUGAAGGAGUUUGCACGCCUUCAGUAGGACAGAAAGUUUUACAGAUCUUAAUAAGUGAUUCGUCCUUAUUGCCCGAUGCAGGAGUGAAUUCUUAGUGAAUUCUUAGAGAAUCCAGUGAAUUCUUAGAUCGUAGUAGUGAAUAAGUCUAAAUAGUGAACAUAAGUCUGUAUCAAGAUAAACUGUAGAGAACUUGAAUGUUGGAUAACUCUAGCUGUCUUAUAGGAACUCAGUAUCAAGAUCAAGUCUGCAGCUGCUAAUGGUUUUAGAGUUCUAAAAUGUAAAUGCAUCCUACUUUCUCACGUCGUAUCAGCUGGAACGUUGUCUUUUUGUUCACAGUUCUCUUGCUGCUCUGUUCAGUCUUGAAUGUAUGUUAUGUCCUUUCAGUUGAUGGCUUUGUAAAAGUGUAAGUACAGAAAUAUUUAUCUAAAUGUAUCAUGUAUAGAAUUGUACUUAAAAGUGUAAAUGCACUGCAGCUGCUCAUUAUUGUUAUUUUUCCUGAAAUAUGUUAUCGUUAGCAGUUUACACAGACAGGAAAACACCCAAUAUGAUACUUUUAAUAACUUAUUUAUUUGCAAAGAUUAUUAUAAGAUUUGUUGAGCUAGAGAUUCAGAUAUUUGUUUUAGAGACUGUUAGUACUGUAGCCCUGUAGAAAUUCAUCAUCAAUUAAAAGAUGUUUUAAACUGUG